AUGGUGAGGGAUUGGUGGAUUGGAGAUGCCUGGUCCAUAAAAGAUAGCAUCCUUCAAGCUUUACCAACUCUGCUUCCUCUUAUAGCUGGUGUAUCUAUUCCUGAUGCAGAGGUUGAUGAUUGUUUUGUUGGGAAGAAUGCAAAGGAUGGUCAACUAACUCUAAAGGAAGCCUACAAUUCUAUAGCUAAACCAAGGCCUUGUGUUAAUUUGAGAUCUUUUCCUUGGGACAUUGAUACUCCCCCGGCUCAUUCAAUGAUUGUGUGGAGAUUCAUUCACAAUAAAUUGCCAACUGAUGAGAAUUUGAGAAUCAAGGGAUUCUCUUUUCCUUCUCUAUGCAGUCUCUGUAACACUUGCAGUGAAUCUUCACCUCAUUUGUUCUUCGAGUGUAGCUUUGUCAGGAAAAUUUGGAAUUGGUUUGCUGGCACCUUAAAAGACAAUAGGUUGAUUUAUAAUUUGGAGGACUGUAGGAAGAUUAUGGAACAACCUUGGUGUCCUCGAGCUAAGGUUGUGGUUCAGGCCAGCAUAGCUUGCAUAUUUCAUCAAAUUUGGACUACAAGGAACAAAAACAGAUUUGAAGACAAAACUGCUAGCUGGAAAACUCGUGUGGGAUUGGUGAAUGCUCAUGCCAAGAUUGUUGGAGAUAAUUCUCGCAGGGGUUCCAACUCUGCCAUGACCAACUUUGUUUUUCAUAAAAAGUUUGGUGUCCAAAUUCAUCCUAAGAAACCUGUUGUUGCAAAGGAGGUGUUAUGGUCUCCUCCUUUAGCUGGCUGGUUGAAAUGCAACAUUGAUGAGGUGGUUUCUGGAAAUCAUAAAUUGGCUGCAUGUGGUGUGCUGUGUCGUGAUCACCAAGCCAAUCAUAUUUUUAGCUUAUGUGAUUUCAUAGGCUCGGAGGCUCCCGAAGUUGCUGAGCUUAUGGCAGUAAUUUUGGCUAUUGAAGAGGCAAAAAGGAGGAAUAUCACUAAUCUUUGGCUUGAAACGGAUUGUAUAUUUGUCGUGAAUGCUUUUAAGAACCGCUCAAUGGUGUCUUGGAAACUUCGUUCUCGUUGGCUAGUGUGCUGGGAUUACUCGAUCAGGAUUAACUUUAUGGUAACACAUAUAUAG